AGAUGAGGAAUUAGCCUCGAAUCCCACAGCUAAGGUGGGUGAGCCAAAAAACUCAACUUCGCUCCAAGACCCAGCUCCCUCACCCAACUCUGCUGUAGUUUUAGCCAAAUUUAAAAGCCUUCAUAGCGAGUUGCAGAAAUCCCCUUACUGCGGUCCCAAUCCGUUUUCCCAGAAUCCUUAGGGCAUCGUAUUACUAUUUCUUGCAUAAGUUUGAGGCGUUAACUUGUAGCCUGGGCAGGAUGGAGCCACUGAUGACAUUUUGUUGGGCGGAUUCGCCCCUCUAACAUAAUUCUUCCUGCUUCGGGACCGCCGCCCUUGAACGGUCAGGAAGAUCGUCAGCGCCUCCGGCCUCGGGCAGCCGAAGGCUGGGUCAGGCUGGGAGAGGGUUGGUGCGAUCCCCGCCGCGCUCCCGGCACCUCCCCCAGGCCCCUCCUCCUCGCCCAGGAUGCACCGGGUUGAAAACAAAAUCCCACGUGACUGGAUCUGUUCUCAGGCCAUCAUGGCGUCUCCCAGUGGGAAGGGAGCCCGGGCGCCAGAGGCUCCUGGCUGCGGGCCCCAGCCGCUCGCCCCGGACCUGGUGGAUUCCGUGGACGACGCAGAAGGGCUCUACGUGGCGGUCGAGCGGUGCCCGCUGUGCAACACCACUCGCCGGCGGCUGACCUGCGCCAAGUGUGUCCAGAGCGGCGAUUUCGUCUACUUCGACGGCCGCGACCGUGAAAGGUUUAUAGACAAGAAGGAAAGGUUAAGCCAACUUAAGAGCAAGCAAGAAGAAUUUCAAAAAGAAGUGUUAAAAGCUAUGGAAGGAAAAUGGAUAACAGAUCAGUUGAGAUGGAAAAUAAUGUCCUGCAAGAUGAGAAUUGAACAGCUGAAACAAACUAUAUGUAAAGGAAAUGAAGAAAUGAAGAAAAAUUCUGAAGGCCUCCUCAAAACCAAGGAAAAGAAUCAGAAGCUUUAUACUCGAGCACAACGGCAUCAAGAGAAAAAGGAGAAGAUUCAGAGGCACAAUCGAAAACUUGGUGACCUGGUAGAAAGAAAAACCACUGACUUAAAAAGUCAUUACGAGCGUCUGGCAAACCUUCGGCGAUCUCACAUACUAGAGCUCACCUCUGUCAUUUUUCCAAUUGAGGAAGUAAAGACUGGCGUGAGAGACCCCGCAGAUGUGUCUUCAGAGAGUGACAGCGCCAUGACCUCCAGCACCGUGAGCAAGCUAGCCGAAGCCCGGAGGACGACUUAUCUGUCGGGGAGAUGGGUCUGUGACGAUCACAAUGGAGACACCAGCAUUAGCAUCACAGGGCCUUGGAUUAGCCUUCCCAGCAACGGCGACUACUCUGCCUACUACAACUGGGUGGAAGAGAAGAAAACCACGCAGGGGCCUGACAUGGAGCAUAACAACCCUGCUUACACGAUCAGUGCUGCGUUGUGCUACGCGACUCAGCUGGUCAAUAUUUUGUCUCAUAUACUCGACGUAAAUCUUCCCAAAAAGCUGUGCAACAGUGAAUUUUGUGGGGAGAACCUCAGCAGACAGAAAUUUACUCGAGCAGUGAAGAAACUGAAUGCAAAUAUUCUUUACCUGUGCUUUUCCCAGCAUGUAAAUUUAGAUCAAUUACAACCACUGCAUACUCUCAGGAAUCUAAUGUACCUGGUCAGUCCGAACUCUGAACACCUAGGCAGGUCAGGACCCUUUGAAGUACGAGCAGACCUAGAGGAGUCCAUGGAGUUUGUGGAUCCAGGAGUUGCUGGAGAAUCAGACGAGAGUGGAGACGAGCAUGUAAGUGAUGAGGAAACUGACCUGGGCACAGACUGGGAGAACCUGCCAAGCCCCCGGUUCUGUGACAUCCCUUCCCAGCCUGUGGAGGUCUCCCAGAGCCAGAGCACCCAGGCGUCCCCACCCAUCGCAAGCAGCAGUGCCGGAGGGAUGAUCUCCUCGGCCGCGGCCUCCGUCACCUCCUGGUUUAAAGCUUACACUGGACACCGUUAAUAAGCAGGGACCAAGACACACCAGAUCUGCAUCGAGAAGGUUCUUCCUCCACUAUGCUCUAGGAAAUGUUACGUGUUUAGUUAAGAUAGUGCCUGGAACAAAAAGAGGUUGUUAUACUGUUGGGUUUUUUAAAGCAGAGAAACAAGCAUUUCCCUUUGUCAAAUGGCAAACGGUGGUGACUGGGGUGCUGAUGGUAAUUAACAGGACAGAGGGGUCCCAGGUCCUUUCCAGACCAGCGUGGCCAGUAGUGUUGAGGCAGAAAUGCACUUGGGCUCCUCUGAUCACAGGCCACGGGCCCCACAGACAUGGCUGACACGUUGGUCCCUGUGAAGCUGAGACUUUAUUUUAGAGGUUGAAUCACGAGGAAGUGAUUCUUGAUCAUUAGGACUUGAAAGAUAGAAAACUGUUAUGAGUUUGUUUUUAUGCCAUUAUUUUCUGUACAGAGAACCACAGGCAAUUUGAAACACUUGAUUUCUUUAUGAUUUGGUCACAUUUGUUUUUUAGGUCAAGGGCUUUUUUGUUUUGUUUUGUCUGGAAGGUGUGAUGUUUUCUUGGCGGGGGAAACGUAGUUUACAAAUGAUUUCACUUGUGCUGCUGUCACGGCCCGUCAGACAUUCCUGUUUUCUUUCUCCCUACACACCAAAGAAACCAAGAUCUUUUUUUCUUUAGGACCCACAUCCGUGAACAGAAAAAAUCCUAGCUGCAAUAAUGUCCUAGAGAUCUUAAAACAAUGUUCUUUAAAUUUUCUUACCUAGACUGUUGAAUUCCUACCAUCCACACUAUGUGUAUUUUGAAAUUGAACUUGUUUUCCAGGAGUGGCAAAUAAGUCAUUAAGGUUGUUCCCUUAUGGAAGCUAAAUGCCUGCCUGGGCACUGGUUAAAAGCCACUUAAAUGACCUCUGGUCAUUCUUCUGGUGUCCAGUUUCUUUCUGAAGCCUUUAGUAGGUGGCAGGUUUUUCCAGGGAAAACCACCCUGCUUGUUUGUUUCCUAGAGGUCUCUGUUGCUCUGUGGACACUACCUUUGCUCAGAUGUGCAGAGCAAUUCACUGAGGCUGAUACUGCUCUCCUCCAUCCUGGGAAAUCUCCGAUGGAAAGAAUUUUCCCUCACCAAGAGAUCAUUUUCAGCUGAUGUGUCUUCUCAUUCUCUUAGUGACAAUCUUAUAAGAAAACUGUAGAGAGGCAUUAUGUACAAAUAUGUAAGUAGUUUUUAUUUUUAAUAACUGCAGAGAAAGUCCUAUGUAACAACUACAAAAAGAAAUCCUAUGAAAAAUUCCUAACAGGCAUUAUUACUAUAUCUUGUUAGUGUGAUUAGCAUGAUAGUACCUCAGAUGAAUCACUUGGAGGUUUGCCCUGCCCUCGCUUCUUUUCUCCUUGUAAUUAGACUUGAUACUUUGCCUCCAAAUCCGAGGUGCUACAGCUCUUGCUAUUGGAUAGUUAGUGUUUGGCAGAAUUGCAGAAGAAGGGUGUUUACUCCUAUCCAGGAGUCCCAGUUCCCUGACUUGAUGAAUUUUUCACUUCGGAGGAAACGGGCUUUUCCCCUCGUGGGUUCUCACACAGCUGGUAUCAGCUUUAAGCGCUCACUUCAUGACUGCUGGGUUUCAUUGUUCCCCCCAAGUCUGUAGUGUAGUUCAUAGACAGUGGCUGUGGUGGACUUGAACAAAUAAAUACCAAAUGAAUUUAAAAUCCCAGGAGAUAAGAGGGACUUAGGCACUUCAAACCCUCAGAAAGAAGAGCUUAGAUUCAAGAGUUGGAAGACUGGGAUUUGGGGCUUGUGGGUAGAGGAUGACUUAAGCUGAAAGAUGCCCGACAGUCGUGGUUUUUCCCAAGCCUCUUACGAAACCAUGAAUGUGAGAUGAAGCUGAAGAGCAGACCCAGACAUCACAGACUAGAGUAAUUCAACAAAACUCACGAGGACAUGGGAAAUGCAGGGACAGAUAGGGUAUAUUUUGUUAAUAUCAACUAGAGGCACUUUACUUAGGGUUCAGUCAAACCUUCAGUGGUUCUGAACACCAACAUACUGGCUUACACUGCUGAGAUAGUUUGGUUUUCAUUAUUUUGCACUGGAUCCACCCUGUAAAUAUUCUUAAAAUACACAUUUCAACCACUGUUUUUUCUACUCUCUUUGCUGCUCAUUAAAAUCUUUCAUGUAGGUGCCAGAACCAUAUGUAAACAGCUUUUUAAUAAAUUGAAGCUGGUAUUUUUUUUCAAACAAAAAGCCAUAGAACUUGGUUGUGUUUUCCAUAAUAAAAUGAUUUGUUGAAACAAGGUAAUACUAAAAAAAAAUUCAUAGGCACCAGAUAGGCUGCUUAAAAUAGUCUGUUAAAGACUUUUUUUGUAAUAGAAGAUAAUUAAGAAAAGUUUUGCACAUCUGUAACUUAAGGGAGAAAACAGUGUCAGCAUUGAGUAGCGGACAGGAUUCAUUUCAGGAUUCUUGUAGUGAUGAUUUGGGGAAGAACGUUUGGUGGCAUGCUGUUAAAAGAACUACAGUGUCCAAGAAUCUCUUCGCUGGGCCAUGUUGCAGGGAGCCCCCAUUGCUCUGCAACUUCCAAACCAGUUUGAGUCAUAAAAAUGUUUUCUAAACUUUUAUUGUAUUAUUGCAAUAAAUCUUUUAACAGUACUUUG